ACAGGGGGCUGGGGUUGGAAAACAUCACCAGCCCCAUCUGAUGAGACAGAAAGCACAACUGUACUUGUUGAUGUGGUUGCAUUGCUCAGCAUCUGUUGUUUAACACGGUGGAACAAAAACACCACAUAGAAAGUCAGCUGUGGAUUGGUUUUAAGAAAUAAGGGCAAGGUCACACUGUACUUACUUUGUUGGUGGAACACCAUCGUUCCAUCUAAAUAUGAGAAUGUCCUGCAGAUAUUUCCUGAUCAUUCUUUUCUAUGGAGCCAGAGCAGCCUUCUUUCAUCUCCCAGCAGGACUCUGGCCUUUUCGAAUGCUGCAGACCAUAUCAUUCCAAAAUACGAGUGCCACUGAAAUAAUGGGAACAAUUGCUUUCCUGGGAGACGUGGAGACCCAUUUGCUUGACACCCACACUUGGAAGAUUAAAUUCCUCCAACCAUGGGCCAAAAGUGCCUUUGCGCCUUUAAAAUGGGAAAUACUGGAACAGUUCUUCAGAGUUUCCUUUAUAGACUUCAAGAAAUUCAUCAACAACAUAGUUGCAGCUUCAAAUUACAGCUAUCCCGUUGUUAUACAGUCCUUCCUUUUUUGUGAGAUUGGGACCAAUGGGACAAAGAGAGGUUUUUAUCAAGGUGCUGCAAAUGGAUAUGAUGUUCUUGGAUACAGUAUUGACAAUGCAACUUGGAUUGUCCAAAAAGACAAUAAGCUUGCUGUUGCCGUUCAAGAUUUCCUCAAUAGGGACAAGGGCACAACUGCAAACAUGCGCAGCCUGCUAUUGAAUGAGUGUAUUGACAUUCUUGAGAGCUCUCUCAAGACUGGAAAUGAAACUCUGCAUAGGCAAGAGAAACCUGUUGCUGUGGUCUUUGCCCAGGAGCCUCUUGCAACCACUGACUCCCUCCUACUAGUUUGCCGAGUGACGGGUUUCUAUCCCCACCUGAUCAACGUCUCCUGGCUUCAGGACCAAGUGGCCUUGACCAGCUCAAGGAUCAAUUCCACCACCAUCUUGCCUAACUAUGACCUGACCUACCAGAUCAGGAGUUCUCUGGCUGUUAAGUCAACGGAGACUUCACACAGUUAUGUUUGCAAGAUACAACACAGCAGCUUUGAUGGGAAAAGUCUUGUCAUCCCGUGGGAAGGGAAGCACAGAUAUAGAGUAACUGUAGCAAUAGUCUUGCUCAUGGCUUCAACACUCGCUGUAGUUGCUGGGGUGUUACUCUAUCUGCAGAAGAAACAUCGACAAAAUGAAGAGAUCAGCCAAGCAAUCUCAAAAACUGUAAGUCAGUAACAGGGGAUGACAAAGAAUCAGAAAGUGAUGUCGAACAUGAAUUUGGGGGGCCCUGCCUAGGCAGAGACUGGCCAAACCCAAAAAGAGGAUCCGGAAUACCUGGCGAGACAGCAAGCACCAAAGAAGAUUUUUCCCUAAUUUUUCCCAAAAUAAAGUCUCACCAAGUUGAAGGAAA